UAUCGCCAAUUUAUUUAUAGCACAAAUUUUUUAGUUUUCUUUUUGUUUAAAUAUAAACAUAUACAUAACAACUUAUUAGCAAAUUAAUUAUAAAAAAAAUCGUUUUUUUUUUAAUACAAAAACCCUGGAUAAAAGACUGCAACACGCAUUACAGUUUCCCAUCCCAACCAUCCAACGUAUUUUGAUCCCGUCAUCAUCGUCGUCAGUGCGAAAAUGUUGAACAUACGUAACAUCUGCUCCCUGGCCAACAAUAAUGCCGCUCUAAUCGCUAUCAGAUCAAUCUCAACGACAGCCAGCUGUCGGGACUCGGAAUCAUGGUUCUCCAAGCUGUUGGUGCGCAAAAUUGAACCCACCAAGGAGUCGCACAGUCGCAUGCUCAGCGACAAGGAAAUCAUCUAUGCCCUCCACACGCAUAAUGUGCGUCCCGAUUCCAUGGGCGCCUACCUGAACAACUACAAGAACACUGUUGGUCUGAUCAAUGACAAAAAGUCGAGUUUGUCGUGCAAUUUGGUUGCCUCAUGGACUGUCCAAGUGGGCGAUAUGGAUCAGUGUCUGCAUUUAUGGAAAUACACUGGAGGCUUUGAGAAGAUCGAUCAGGCCAAGGAGGAUCUGUGGAAUGAUCCCGAGUAUCUCAAGCUGAUGAACGAACGUUCGAAAUUCUUGCGUUCCCGCCAUCUCCAAUAUCUGUUGGCCUUCAGCUAUUGGCCACAAAUCGAGAGUCGCGAGGGCAAAAACAUUUACGAAAUGCGUUCUUACCGCUUGACGCCGGGAACGAUGAUCGAGUGGGGCAACAAUUGGGCGCGUGCGAUCAAUUUCCGUAAGCACAACAACGAGGCAUUUGCUGGAUUCUUCUCACAGAUCGGACGUCUCUAUAACGUGCAUCACAUUUGGUGCUACAAAUCGCUGCAGGAUCGCAAGGAGACCAGAGAGGCUGCUUGGCGUUCUCCUGGCUGGGAUGAAUGCGUCGCUUACACUGUGCCCCUCAUCCGUGAGAUGCACUGUCGCGUCCUUGCCCCCACCGAGUUCUCGCCCUCACAAUAGAGAGAGAGAGUGAGAGAGGAAGAGAGUGAGGGAGAGGGAAUGUGUCGUCAAGCUGAUAUGUGGAACUGUAGAUCGGCUCUAAACUAGAUUGCUUGUAAAUAAUGACAGCAUUUUUACCGAUGCUCACACACACACACACAUACACGAACACACACACACACAACCAUUUAUAUAUAUACCUUGUAAUUUCUUAAGAUACAAACACAACAACAACAACAAAAAGAGUGCAUUUGUUUUCGAGCGUUUUACAUUUGUUUCCAAAAGAAAGAAAAAAAUCAUCAAACUAAAAGUGAAAUUAAAAAAAACACACACACAUGUUAACGUUAUAUUAUAUACUACUAUAUUAUCUACGAGAAUAAAUCGUAAAUGAAUUUGCAAAUGUUUCAAUUUUAUCUUUAUCAAUCUGGAUCACAGCAUUAACUUUAAAUCAUUAUACUGACUAAACUAAGAAAGUUAUUGACUUGAUUUAAACGCAGAAUUUUAGUUUAAUGUUUUAACCUUAAAACAUAUUACUUUAUUUACUUUCUCACUUUUUAUUUUCUAUAUAAAUUCUCACAACGAAAACAUACAAAAAAAAUUCGGUUUUAAUUUAAACACUUGAGCUUUUAGCUAUAAAAUUUCAGUUGCAUUAGCUCUUGAGUUACUUUUGUAUUAAGUUUUACAGACUGGAUAUUAUAAACAGCUGACGGAUAGAGAAUUAAAGCGUUAUAUAGUAGAAUCUAGUAAUGCUGCUUGAUUCACUUUAACUUUGUGCUUACAUUUGUAAAUUAACAUUUAUAUUCCCUUUUAUAGUUUAUCGAAUUGUGUUUAUAUUUCCAUUUUCAAUGUUUCUCAUAUACGAUUAUCAUCAUUAAAUUGACAACUUUUCAUUAUAUUCAUAUCUUGGAUAAUUUGUUUUGAGCACAUUAAAAUAAACUUC